GGAUUGGAGGAAGUUAACCCAGGCUCUAGAUUCCAGAGAUGACCAGUCUGGGUUUAUUCAUCGUAUAUAAAUUAAUACGCAUUGAAAUAUCUACGAUACCCGGGAUAGACUGUUCGAGCAAUGAAACGUACUGCGAGCCGGAUGGAAAAUGUAUUCCAAUAAGCAAUUCUUCAAACUGUGGCGUGGCAGAGAGUAAAAGCGAUGGGCGGAAUCUCGACCCCGGUACAUUAUAUCUUACCUCGGGGAGUAUCCUAAGUUUUGUGAUCAUUGCCAUUGUAGUUUCUACUGUGAUCGGGAUUUCAGUCUUCCUUAGGCAAAAAAUGAAAACUAAUGAUAAUGUGUCAACCAGGUCACAAUCAGAUAUUCCAAUGCAAGUAAUCUCUCGUCCGCCCGAAGUGCAACUUCUCCUGCCCCCACCUCACCCGAUUACUCCUUUAACACCUCCCUGGAAAAGUAACCCUUCCCUAAUCUGUCUUUCCUACUUGGGCGAAGAAUUUUUCGGAAAAGUGUACCAAGUUGAGGACCAAGCCGCAAUUGCUCCCCCGACCGGAUAUGCUAUCAAAUGUAUCGACAUGAAAAAAACCCUUCGCAGUUGCAGUAGUCCUUGUACUGAUCACACAUCUUCCCCAUCGGACGAAAGUAUUACUCUUAAAAAUUCCAUGAACCUUCUCCUCAACGAGAUGCAAAUCAUGGACGAACUCUCAUCCGACCAUGUCGUUCGUUACUAUGGUUGCUGGGCAGAAGCGGAAGAUUGCAGUCAACUCGUCUUAACAAAGUAUCGAUUAAAGAAAUAUAUUCACGAGUUGAUCAAGGAUUCCAAUAAUUCCGCGACAUCCACCCAAAAUUCGCCCUUGAGUCACAUCUUCAUCCGGAUGGAGCUAUGUCACUCCACUUUAAAACAUUAUUUGCAAGCAUACCCUGAACAAGGUAGAAUCGUCUUCGGGAAAGUUGACGUGGAAAAUUGGGGACUUUGGUUUAGCAGUGAUGAGCAGAGACGAAGGAAACGUAGGGGCGGCGGGGACAUAUCUUUAUCAAAGUCCGGAAAUGAGGGAGCGAUUAAGGUAUACGGAUAAGACGGAUUUGUACAGUUUGGGGUUAGUUUGGGUCGAAAUUUUACAUAGGGAAAGAAGGAACUCGGAUAGAUCUGCAGUUUUUGGUAAUUUGCGAGGUUACAGUGGAAUUGAGAGACGUAAAUACAUGAAUAAUUGUUGCAUGGGAAAGUUCAAGAAAGUGGUGAAGAUUGUGGAUCAGUUGCUAAUUGCAGAUCCGGGAAGUCGCAUUUGUUCCGAUAAGUUGUGCACCUUAUUGAAAUGUUUAAAGGAAAAUGAAGUCAGUACAUAUAACGCCGUAAGAAUUUAACGCUGCGUUUUUUAAAAAAGUUAUCAGCAAAAUUUAAAUUUUCGAAAAACGAAAAUAAGCAAAUUUGAAAGCUGUGAAAUCACACGCUUAAAAAUUGAAAAGCUGCAGAUUCACGGGCCGUGAUUCACGGCCCUAGAAAUUAUUUUUUAGGCUCGUAACGUCAUUACCAAUCCGCAGACUGGUAAAACCUUUACCAGUCUUGGGAUUGGUAAAGGCAGACCAACAAAUUUGAAAAAUGCCAUCAGACGAAGAAAAGGAAAUGCAAAACAUUCCACUAUUAUGAACCCGAAUGUCGACCCCCCGCCCCACAGGGUCAAUGGAAGUUUCGAGAUGAGCGCUAUAAUGCAUUCUGCAAAGCGAGAGGGCCGGUUGAGACUGGGAAAUUACUCCAACCCCACACUUCUCCUCCUCCUCCUCUCGUGAGGAGCAGCCUUAAGAUGUCCAGUAAUACUUGGAGAUGCAAAAUAAAUAAAUUGACCUAACCCAAAAUAGUACUUAAAUUGAACAUAACUAUUGCAAUGUCAUGAAGAGUAGAUGUACAUAUGUAGAUACAUACAUAAAUAUUCUGUGUAUGCAUCCUUGUUCUCAUAAUAUGAUCGUGUAAAUUUACAAACUUAUGCACAUAUCGGUAUCUAUGUACAUAUCUAAGCAGUGAUUUUAAGUUUAUAUAACCAAAUACUUCGGAUUUAUUAAGUAAUUCAACGAUAACGUAAGCUCUAUAUUUUUACGUCGUUCACAGUUUUAAUCGGUUGAGGAUGAGCUAGAGGUCGUCAUCUUAUAUACUGGUAAAACUUCACAUACAUAUUUACACACAUAUAUACAUACGUACGUUUAUACUGAUGUGAGUAUGCUUAAGUUUGCAUUAAAUAAGUAUGUAUGUACAUAUGUACAUAUACAUAUUUAUACUUAUUUACGUGCAUCCCUGUAUGCACUGCGAAAUCAUGCGAUAAAGCUCCUGGUACGUAUAUUGUGAUUGUAUCACUUAUCUGGCUUAUCGUAUCCGGUCACUGCCAUUGCAAUUUUCGAUUUAUGCACAUUCACUAGUAGGUUCGACAAUAUAAUUAUUUCCAGACAAACUCAAUCCAGAGAUGACCAAUCCUGGUUUAUUCGUCGUAAAUUAAUAUACCUUGUAUGUAUGUAGAUAAGUACCGUACUUACAUACAUACAGAGAUAAAUAAUAUAGCGUGUAUUUACAUAUUAAAGUGUUCUUGCAGUUGUUGAUAUAUGUUACUCGAUAGGGCAUCAAGCUAUUGAAUAAAUUAUUACGACAAGAUAAACAGAUCAUACACAUGUAAAUUGAGCGAUCAUGUGAGUACAUGAAUAUUCCGACAUAGUUUGGCAAGUUGGCUUAGUGAUUGUAAGUUAACGAUUUUUUGGACUGUAGUAAACUUUCUAAAUCUAUAAGGUACACUUCCUAACUAAAUUAAUACCCUUUAAGGUAAGAACAUUACAACAUUACAUUUGUAGUAGAAUUAAAAAUUUGUACGAUCUGAGGAGAGGUUCUUUACAUGCCCCUCUCAAAUCUUGAUGCCGUUUACAUAUUUGGUACCCCCAAAAAGUUAUGAACCUACAACUUGCAGGCUACAAGCUUCCAACUUGCAUUAAAAAUCCUGUGUUGUUCGUACAUAUUUUUACAUUUCUGUGAUCCCAGACAUAUACGUACUUAUGUCAUCAUACACAUGUACAUAUGUAUCCAGUAGAAAUGUUAAAGUUUAGAAUUUUUAGAUUUUCAUUACAUGAUACUGCUCUUGAAUUAUUUGAAAAAUCCAAAUUUCGAGAAAGGAACUAUCUAGACCAAUAAUAUUUAAGAAAUAUAAAAAUUCGGCCAAAAUUGGAUAUUUUGGGGACAAACAAAAACAAGUCUUCUUUCGUGUUUUUCACACUUCUGAAUCGGUCUGGCGAGCGAAAAUGUAUCCAUGGAAUCAAAACACUUCCGGGUUCUGUAUCGUGUAGAGGAACCAAAUAAUCACAGGGCAUCCAUCAAGAUCUGGGAGUGGCAUGUAUUUAGAUAACCUCUCCUCCUCUCGUAAGAUGUAAUUACACUUUUGUUGCAGGAACAGGGUCCAAUUCAUGUACGCACAACCAUCCAAUACAUACAUCUGAUUCAGAGAAAUGCACGUGAAGCUUCAUAGCAAAUUCUUCCAAUGCGAUGCAGACGUAUCGAGAAAAGCGUGUAAAAAGUUUUAUACCAUGAAAUGCAGUUCUGUGGGUGUUCCCGAUGAUAGAGUUUCCUCAGAGAAAUGUAUAAGUAUCUGGGAAAAUCUCGAUUGUGACCAUGAUUUGACGGAAAUAGGGCACGGAACUUUGCGCAAUGAUAAUACUAGUUCCCUAAAAAUUAAUGAUGGGAGCAGGAAGUGGGUUAACGAGAAGUCUUUCUUUAUGGUGUGUGAGAAUAACUGUAUUUUGGGUGGGUUUAAAUGUGGUAACAAAAGGUGUAUCAACACUGGCUCGAUGUGUAACGAAAAAAAUUGUACGAAUAGUGACGACGAAAUUAUGUGUUAUAUGUCCAAGUCCGAAGUUUACCCCAAAACGACGGAAGAAAUCCAUGAAAUUACAAUUAGUCCUUCAGAGUCAAGUGCAGAGGAGGGCCAAAAAUGGGCUACACAAGAUAAAUCUGAUACGAUACCCGGCACAAACUGUUCGAGCAAUGAAACGUACUGCGAGACAGAUGGGAAAUGUAUUUUAAUAAGCAACGUAUCAAACUGUGUCGAGGCUGAUGUUAAAAAUAAUGGGUGGAACCCAGGCGACCCAGGUGUACUAACCUUUGUCGUCAUUGGCAUUGCAGUUUUUACUCUUAUAGGAAUUUGCAUUGCGGUCUUCGUUAAGAAAAAAAAGAAAAAGAGUAAAAGGUCACGAUCAGAUAUUCCACUGCCACCAAUCCAUCAAGAGUUGCAACUCCUCCUCCCCUCACCUCACCCUGUUUUCCCUUUAACACCUCCCUGGAAAAGCAACCCUUCCUUAAUCUGUCUUUCUCUCUUGGGUGAAGGCUUCUUCGGAAAAGUGUAUCAAGUCGAAGAUCAAGCCGCAAUUAUUUCCCCGACCUGUUAUGCUAUCAAAUGUAUCGACAUGAAAAAAACGCUUCGGAAUUGUAGUGGUACUUCCACUACAUCAUCUACUACAUCGGCCCAAUCCACUGGAAGCGUUAAUCUAAACAACUAUAUGACCACUCUGGUAAAUGAGAUGCAAAUCAUGGACCAACUCUCAUCCGACCAAGUCGUUCGUUACUAUGGUUGCUGGGCAGAAGCGGAAGAUUGCAGUCAACUCGUCUUAACGAAGUCUCGAUUAGAAGAGUAUAUUCACGAGUUGAUCGCGAAUUCCAAUAAUUCCGUGACGUCCACCCAAAAUUCGCCCUUGAGUCACAUUUUCAUCAAGAUGGAACUAUGUCACACUACCUUAAAAAAUUAUUUGCAAGCGUACCCUGAACAAGUUGGGGAUGAGAUCAGCAUCGUUCAACAGGUUGCGACUGGACUCCUCUACGUACAUUCGAAAGGUUACAUUCAUCGGGAUAUUAAACCUGGAAACAUAUUUUGUAAGGUGGAAGAAUCGUCUGGGAAGUUGACGUGGAAAAUUGGCGACUUUGGUUUAGCAGUGAUGAGCACAGAAGGCGGAAACGUUGGGGUGGCUGGGACUUAUCGGUAUCAAAGUCCGGAAAUGAGGAAGCAUUCGCGGUAUACGCUUAAGACGGAUUUGUACAGUUUGGGGUUAGUUUGGGUCGAAAUUUUAUAUAGGAAUUCAGAUAAGUCUGCAGUUUUUGAAAAAGUGCGAGGUUUUAAUGGGAUUGAGAGACGUAAAUACUUGAAUACUUGUUGCCUCGGAAAGUUCAAGAACGUGGUGAAGAUUGUGGAUCUGUUGCUAAUUUCAGAACCAGAUAGUCGAAUUUGUUCCGGAAAGUUGUGCAACUUGUUGAAAUCUUUUAAUGCAAAUGAAGUCAGUAUAAUAAUUUAGGGAUGCCCGAUGUAACAUAAAUAAAUUUACAUAGAUGUGUAAUGUAAUGCGCAUACAAAUAAUUUCUGUAAAAAUCACAGUUGUAGGAGCAUUAAAUUCCCGAGUCCUUAAAUAUGUACUUAACCUUACCUUUAAAUAUAUCAAGUAUGGAAAUGCAAAGUAAGUAAAUAAAUUCCUCU